AGGAAGGCUGGCAAGAGAUCACUAUGGCGGAAUUAUCGAACGCGAACCGAAGCACAUUGCAAGCUGAAUAUUCCAAGGUAAGCUGAUGUUUAUCUGUUUAGUUACUUUAAAUUUGCACUGAUCAACAGAGUUUGGUUUUGGUACGAACUAUAGACGAAGAUGUGGUAGGAGCAAUCUUUUUCACGUGUCAUCAACCAUGCGAGGAUGAACGUACGUGAAUGAAGUGCCUGAAUUCUAUCAAUUUACUCUUUCCUAUGACAAGGAAAUAAUUUUUUAUUGCCCAAAUACUUGCAUAUAUGAGAGAAAGAAAGUAGAAAUAUUUAAAAUAAGACAUUUUUCCACGUUUGCACGUGUGGGCGGUUUUUGUUUAAGCUUCUAUUAUAUUUAAAGUUUGCCACACGUGGCAAAAGUGGCCUUGUUGGUCGACAAAACUUAAUUAUUAUUUUCGCAGAUUUUGCUUAAAAGUUUAGUGUGAAGGAACAGUGAGAAAGAACUAUUAAGCUGCUGCCAUUCCCAAAAAUAUUCAGCCAUUUUACAGUUUAAAUAGAUUUUGAGUUAAUAGGUGUUCAGCAAAUAUGCUCCAUAGUGGUCAGUUACUUUUGAUUGUUCUACCACAGGAUCCUGAACAUCCAAGAAAUCUCAUUCCUGAGCUGUGUCGGCAGUUUUACAAUCUAGAUUGGGUCACAGGGACAGGAGGAGGGAUAAGCAUUAAAUAUGGGUUAGUAAGUUUUAUGGUAAAGCCUGGUUUUCAUAUGUCGGGAAAAUCCCAGACGAUCAGGGAUUUUACUGUUUCUUGACUGUCCCAGAUUUUGCUGACUAAUGAAAACUCGAAAUUGUAGAUAUCCCCGAUCAUCUAGGAUGGACGGGGACAAAUCUGGAUAAUCAGGAGCAUUUCUAUUUUCCCGACUCGUCCUAGAUUUCUGCUAUGGUCGGCGAUCUUUCCCAACAAAUGAAAACUCAAAUUUGUACCGUCAAGGACAUCGGCGAUGGAUUUCGCUCAUUACCAAUCCCUUAAUUGCUGGGUUCCAGUUCCCUAUCACACAUAAACAUGGCGUCUCUGGGACGACUUGUGGCAAUUAUCCGAUAUAUCGGCAAAAUCUAGGACAGUCAGCAAAAAGAAAAAUCCCUGAUCGUCUGGGAUUUUCCCAACAUAUGAAAACCAGGCUUAAUGCACUUUAUGUACUGUUGCAUUAAGUAUGGGUAUUAUUAUAGGUCGGUUCUGCAAGCUAGCAAGGUGAAGGGAAUCCUUGUUUCCAAUUACCUACCUGAGCAGGCAAGACAGGCCUAUCUUUCCCAAUCAAGGACUUGGUUAUGUUUUUGGUCACACUUCAGGACCAAUCUGAUACCAGAUGGGUCCUGGAGUUUUGAGGGGUGAAUGCAAAAUAAUAAUUAAGAUAAAAUAAAAAAAUAAAUGGGUCCUUCUGUAAGUACUCAAGUCCAGGUUAUGUAAAACAAGUUGCAUUUGCUUUUGGUUCUUUUGUGCCCCCAAAAGAGUUUAGGCUAUACAAAAGCCCCUUUUGCAAUCUAUUUUAACUUUUUUUUUUGGUCAUUUACCAGCUUCCUUUCUCUUUCCUAUGCAAAUUAAUAUAUAUACAUGUAAAAGUUCCUUUACUGUUUAAAAUGGUGAUUUUGAUGUUUCUCUCAAUUUGGUAACCAGUUCCUAAUGGCUGAUUUUGGCUUUACCUGAAACUGGAUUGAGUGAUACAGCACCUUUAAUCCUUUACAUCCCAAGGGUGGCCAACAUCAAUUUGCUGCCAACAAAAUCAAUACAUAAUCAAGAGAAUCGGUCAUGAGAAUUAAUAGCAUGAUCACCAAAGGGAAUAUGCUUUGGGUUUCUCUCAACUAAUUCUGGAGAAUGUGUAAAACAGGGGUUUCAAUAAGCACCGACGGCCGACGAAACACGUCGGCUUCUUUGCUCAUAGAGGUCUGCUACUUUUUUUAAGGAAAGAAAAAGCAACUAGUUAGAGUAACGGUUUAAACAAAAAAUAUAUCAUAAAAUCUGAAUGAAAACAUAAUUAUGAUUUGUUUUCCGAAAGGCCCACUGGUUUUACGCUGUGCUUUAGUCAUGUGAACGCUAUAUUUCAGUCAUUUUUUUCAAAAGUUUCUUAGAGGCUUACGCAGAAUUUGUUUACGUGCAAAAGUAUGUAAUUUAGUUUUCAUCAUUUGUUCAUUGCUCGUACGAAUUGAUUGUGUGACUUGUAAAUUGAAAGGUACAUUUUCUUGAAUGAAAAACACGUUCUUUUGUUCUCAAAUUUAGUCCCCAGAACACUGAAAAUCACAUUUUUUUGCAAUUCAAAAUUUUCUGGGGCGGAAUGCACUUUGACCCCCCCCCUAGAAAAGGGGACCAACGGCCCCUUGUUGAUACAGUCGGUUACUCUAACCAAACUGCUGGCUUCUUCAAUUUUUAUUGAAACCCCUGGUAACACUAUGUGGAGUAUGUCACAGGUCAAAAAAUACAAUAACAUUACAUUCAGGUUGAAAUUUUUUAACCUAGGUUGAUUCUAACUUUCCUUUGUCUCCUAGCCCUAAUUCGUGAAUAAUUAGGGCUAGGAGACAAAGGAAAUUGAGAAUCAACUAUGGUUGAAAAACAUAUCUGAAUAUAAUUUUGACCUGUAGCAGAUAUUGGGGCUUAAUUUUUUGGGUCAGCAUAAGUUGACCCAACUGUUCAAGUUUCAAUCCAUGUCCAUCCUUGGCUUGCUAUCCUUUGCAACAGAUGGCAGGGAACAGUUUUGGUGCCUGAAUUUUAUGGUCUUCAAAAACAAAAGUGGGGCCAUUAUUGUUGGAAUUCAAUUAAUUUAGGACAUGACUUGUUUAUGCUUUCAGAAACAUAGCAAUAAUUAGCGUGACAUUAAAGCCCCUUUAAAUAGAUUUAGUAGUUAAUCAUGGGUUAUUCAGUCAAGUAUUCUGUGCUCUUUCCUCACAGAAGUGAGAUAUUCGUUGCGCCUUCUGGUGUUCAAAAGGAGAGAAUUAAGGUAAAGCAAUAGAUAUUACCGUGAUGGGAAUGGAUAAUUCAGAUCAUGAGGGUAGUACAAUGUUCAUAAAAAUGCAAACAAAGCGAUUUCGUUAUGUUACUGUACUUUUAUUGUUAUGUUCAAACAGGGGGUUGUGGGUAAUCUCCUACAGUAUGCAGCUGGAUUCUUUGUACCUUAGGUAAAGACUUGACCAGCAGCAGAAACAGUGCAUGAAAAGUCUCUAGUGCUCAGGAUAGUUGGGGAGGACAGGGUGGCAGAAGCUCAAGCCCCAGUUGUUUGAAAGGUGGAUAACACUAUCCACUGGCUUAAUUUCUAAGUAGAUAAUGCAGUUGGUAAUCAUAUCAUAAUACUUACAAAGUAUAUGCUGAAAAUUGAUUUGUCAGAUGGAUAAUGCUAUCCUUCAUUUAAACAACUGGGGCCGUCAGAAUACAUAGGGGACAGGAAGGGUACGGGAAGUGGGAGAGGGAAGAGUGGGAGGUGGGAUUUCUGAAAGGGCUAGGACUGGGCAAAAUAGGAGGGGGAAUAAUGUGACAAUGGUAAAUACAUGUAAUUUGCAAUCAAAAAGGGCUAUGCCUGAAAAGAGGAAGCAAGGAAAAAAAUGGCGUGGGAGCUGGAAAUGCUACUUAUGUGGCGCGGGCGGCAUGAAGUUGCACCCUGUCUUCUCACAGAGUAGAUUGUUGUUUUGGCCCCUCAAAGCCUCUCUCCUAACAAACGACACAAAGAGUGGCUGCCUAGACUAGUUGACUUGUGAAUGUGUCAAUGGACAUUAUCUUAUUACUUCAGCCACCUGGUGAAAGUCCUGUUGCUAGUGGCCACUUGCCAGGAUAAAGAGUAAUUUCAAUACUAGAUUCUCUCACUGAGGUGUUUACUUUGGGAACUUCCUCUGUAUGCUAUAUGGACUACAGACUACAGAAUGAUGCCCGUGUCUCUUUAAAGUUUAGAUUAAUAUGGUUUGUGAAAAGAUUGCUCAGAAAAAAAAUAAUUUUCUUUCAGCCCGAAGACAUGUUUGUGUGUGAUAUGGAAGAAAAUGAGCUUUGCUCACCUCCUCCAGCGUAAGCAAGAAUUCUUUUUUUUUCUUUAAAGGGGCUUUGCCACAGCUGUCUAGUUCAUUUUGCUAGCAUUGCCAAUUACACAUCCUUAUUAAGAAUGGAACUUAAAAUGUUACAGGGGCGUAGCUACCCGUAACCACAGUAAGCACGUGCGUACUUGAAAAGCCGAAGGUAAAAAAUCGAUAAUAAUAUAGAAAAACAAUUAUGUAAAACAUGCCUUAUGAAGAAAGUACAGAUUGCCUCCAUUCAUUUACUCUCAAUCGUAAACGACAUGCAGAUAGUAAGCUUGCAUGGUAUAAAGCGUGAAAUCGUUGUUUUCACUUCAGCCUGUCAAAAUUCUGCAAACAUCAAAUACAGGCGUUCAUAUACAACAUGGUAAACAAAAGUAAAUAAAAGUAACUAGAAGUCUGAGAUACUAGCUUGUAAUUAAGCUUAAAUGAAGAGUGAUUGAGGUUCUUCAGUCAAUGAUCCAAAAAAAGGCGCAAGAAUAUUGCAGUUUACGUCAUUUCAUCAUUUCAUAUACAGUAAAAAGCGCUUGGAGCUUAGAACGAAACCUCACCUUUAAUCAAGGAACCAGAAAAGGAUGUGGGACUUUAAGGGGUUUGGAGGAGGGAGGGAAGGGGAUUGGGACAGGUGUGCGUACCUCUGGAAAAAUCCUGGCUACACGGCCCCUGAUGUUAGUGAUGAAAUUACUGGCAAAUUACAAAAUUGCAGCUUCAUGUCAAACUGAUCAUACAUGUCCCCCAAGCUUCAAAACACUGUUAUGCUAACACGUUUUUAUAAACGACUUUUUAAAAUCUAUUUUAAUUCUUGUUCAAGUUCGUCCAUCCAUGCCUUCUUUUGUAUUUGCUAUGUUAUUUAUACCUAAUUCCUUUAAUGAUGUUUUGAUCUGUUAUUUUUAUGUUUCACUCAAUUUGAUGGCAGCUCCCAGCUUUGAAUGUUGCUGAAUUUAGUGAUACAGCUCCUUUAAGAUACUAGAUGGGGCCAUUAUGUUGUUGACGUGACACUUUUUUCACUGAUAGAAAAAAGCUCAAGAAAAGUCAGUGUACACCAUUGUUCAUGAAUGCUUACACAAUGAGAGGUAAUCACACAACAAAUUACGUUUAUUAUAAUAAUUUAUUUUGUAUUUCAUGAUAGAGUUGCAAAUAUUUACUACUUUUUCUUGAAAAGGGCAGAUGUUUAACUUAGUCAUAAUUUUGAAGGGACAUCAAAUUAUGUAGAGCCCCCUCUUAGAUAGCUAAAUUUGAAAGGGAAGACAGAUUUCCAUGAAUAUCCCUGAGAAUCAUGUUUUCUGCUAAAGGUGCAGGGGCCGUUAUUCACACGCAUUCAAAACACUGUGUCAUGGUGACUCUUCUGUAUCCCGGGAAGGAAUUCCGAAUCACUCACCAAGAGAUGAUCAAGGGAAUGAAGAAAGGCACCACAGGAAUCAAUUACAGGUUGGUUGUCCUGUGUAUCCAAAAGAUGCUCGUUUUAACCCUGUCUACAUAAUGUACUGUAUAUACUCAUGUUUCCUAUCCAUAAGAAACUCAAUUUAGAGAUGAUGUGGGCUCGAAUUAUUCUUUAAUGUCUAAAUUGUCUUCACCAAAAGUUAUAUUUUUCCCGCUAGCAGAGCUUUCUUCUCUGUGCAAAGUUGUUCGAGUCUCUGGUAUGAUAUAGAACUAGGAAAAGGAAAAUCACUUUUAAUAGUGUAGUAAUGCCAUUCACUUCUCAUAAAUCACCAUUUACUGGAUAAGUGUUUAUAAACGGCACCAUCAUCCGCAUCUGUUGUUUUAUUAAAGCAAGUUACUGUUUUUUGCCAGGUAUGAUGAAGAACUUGUGAUUCCCAUCAUUGAGAACACACCAGAAGAGCGAGACUUAAAGGUGAGAUAAGGCGCCGAAUAUUGAUUGUCUUUUUUGUCCCUUUCAUUUUCGCGAAAUUAGAUGCCGGCUAAAAAAGCGUUAAUAAGGUACACUUUUUUAGCAUAUGGUGGUUCAGCUGCCGAGGGGAACCUUCAAGGCGAUAAUCGUUCUUUAGUGUUCUCCAUAAGUACUGUCGGCAUCGUUUCAAGUAAUUGAAAUCCAAGUUUAGGUUCGUUUUAAUUUUCUUCAAGGAAAGCAUGGCAAAAGCCAUGGAAGAAUACCCAGAUUCCUGUGCGGUCCUUGUUCGUCGCCAUGGAGUUUACGUUUGGGGGGGCACGUGGCAGAAAGCUAAAACAAUGUGAGUACAAAAGCAUCAAUAUGUCAUUGAUUUGGAUAUAUUUAUUUUGAUCCUUAGGAAUAGAAUAAUCGCUGAAAGACAUGCUGAUCGUUUCGGUUGUUUGAGAGUUUAUCGCCGUUUGACAUUCAACGCACAACGUUGCGUUGGUGUCUGGAAACACGGCAACAAACAACGCAGAAACGAUAACCUUUUUUUAAUAGUCUGACAAUGGAAACAAUUUAAAUGAAAAUACAUCAAGUCGACGUCUUACAGUAAGGUUCAUGCCUUUGAUAAGACAUUAAUGCAAGUAACUUAAAAAAUAUUACAAAUUGGUGCAGUAAACUGGAACUUUUUAUUUCUGACUCGCUGUCAUUUGAGCUAUGGAUGGAGUAGUUGUUGAUUAAGGGUUUAAUCAUUGGUGUUUUCAGGUGUGAGUGUUUAGAUUAUCUGUGUGAUAUCGCAACACGGAUGAAGCUAUAUGGCUUAGAUCCCACAGCGAAACCGAAAGAACAUUUCGGCAAUGGAAUCUGAUCGAAUCCUACUAAGCUCCGCCAUAUUUUUUGGAACUGAAAACAAUUCUGAGUCUCGGUUGGGAACUGGGAAACAUGUAACCAUGGUGGCGAAGGGCUUAUACAGAGACUUGGUAUCUAUUGGCCUAUGGGAAUGCUUGUUGCGUGGGCACAAGGGCUUUUGGGAAGGAAGCGAAUCGGCCCGCUUCACAUGGAUUUUCUCUGGGUGAUUUCAUCCGCUCGGGUUGGAUCGGAAGCCGUCGACAGCCGUAUUGAGGACUUCGCGUCCUCCUUGCCAGCGCUGUUCACAAUUUAUGUUCUAGAAUCAGCCAGAAAUGCGCGUGUUCGUUUUAGAGAAACUCAAAAUCAUUGUUUGGUACUAGUUUCACGAUGCUGGUCAUUAUGGCGAUAUUUUCGAGCUUCUACGCAGGAAAAACAGUUUUUUAACUUACCUGUAUGUACUCUUUUUCCAACACUGUGAGUAUCGUAGGAAGGGACUUUUUUCCUAGCUUUUAACCGGUUUUACUGAAAGAUGUUAAAUACAAUUUCUCUCCCCCAACCCCACAAAUCACCCAGCAACUCUUAUGAACUCGUCUUUACGUGAUCGUGCGUUCCAGGUCAAAGUGACAUUUGGUGUACCCGAAAAAAAGAAACAACCACGACAACAAAGAGAAAUAAAAAUAACAAACAAACAAAGGAACAAAAGCAAACAAAAAAACCAUCUCGGGGCAGUCAAGGGGAAGAGGAAGAAGGGCAGUCUUUCAGUCCUUAUUCAUUUUGCUGACAAGACUGUUCUAAUGUUUGAAAUUUGUGCUUGAUGCAACCAUUCAAGUGAAAGUUACUAAACCGCGAGUAGUUUCCUGUAGUACUUCAGCAGUAUGUGGUUCUAACUUGUGAGUCUAUGGACGAAAUCCUAAGGUGUGAACAUUCAGCAAAAACCUUUUCAGCAGUAUUUUCUCAUAACACUAUAAUUACAGUUGAACCACCAUUAAGCGGCCACCCUCUAUUCAGCGGCCUGUAAUCAAAGUCCCGAAAUAAUUGUAGAAAAGAAUGGGA